GCCGCGCCGGCUCCUGCGCGCCCCAGCCCAGCUCGCGCCGCGUCCGGACAUGGAGGGGGCCGCUGCGCCCGCGGCGGGGGACGCCCGCGACCUGGGGCUGGGGGCGCCGGGCGCGCCCCCGGAGGCGGUGGUGGGGGCGACCGCAGCCCCCGAGGCGGCCGCGCCGGAGCCGAGGAAGCCGCACGGGGUGAAGCGGCAUCACCACAAGCACAACUUGAAGCACCGCUACGAGCUGCAGGAGACCCUGGGGAAGGGCACCUACGGCAAAGUCAAGAGGGCCACCGAGAGGUUUUCGGGCCGAGUGGUUGCCAUAAAAUCCAUUCGUAAGGACAAAAUUAAGGACGAACAAGACAUGGUUCACAUCAGACGAGAGAUUGAGAUCAUGUCAUCCCUCAACCAUCCUCAUAUCAUCAGUAUUUAUGAAGUGUUUGAGAACAAAGACAAGAUUGUGAUCAUCAUGGAGUACGCGAGCAAGGGGGAGCUGUAUGACUACAUCAGCGAGCGCCGGCGGCUCAGCGAGAGGGAGACCAGACACUUCUUCCGGCAGAUCGUGUCCGCCGUGCACCAUUGCCACAAGAACGGUGUGGUCCACCGAGACUUGAAGCUGGAAAACAUACUGCUGGAUGACAACUGCAACAUUAAGAUUGCUGACUUUGGCCUUUCCAACCUGUACCAGAAGGACAAGUUCUUGCAAACAUUUUGCGGGAGCCCACUGUAUGCUUCUCCUGAAAUUGUCAAUGGCAGGCCUUACCGAGGACCAGAGGUGGAUAGCUGGGCCCUGGGUGUGUUGCUUUACACUCUCGUUUACGGAACAAUGCCCUUCGAUGGUUUCGAUCACAAAAACCUCAUUCGGCAGAUCAGCAGUGGAGAGUACCGGGAGCCCACACAGCCGUCAGAUGCUCGAGGACUCAUUCGGUGGAUGCUGAUGGUGAACCCCGACCGCAGGGCCACCAUCGAGGACAUCGCCAACCACUGGUGGGUGAACUGGGGCUACAAGAGCAGUGUCUGCGACUGCGAUGCCCUGCACAGCUCCGAGUCCCCACUCCUGGCUCGCAUUAUUGACUGGCACCACCGUUCCACGGGGUUGCAGGCUGAGGCCGAAGCGAAAAUGAAGGGCCUGGCCAAGCCGGGGGCCUCCGAGGUCAUGCUGGAGCGGCAGCGGUCGCUGAAGAAGUCCAAGAAAGAGAAUGACUUUGCCCAGUCCGGCCAGGACUCGGUGCCCGAAAGCCCCUCCAAGCUGAGUUCCAAGAGGCCCAAAGGGAUCCUGAAGAAGCGCAGCAACAGCGAGCAUCGCUCUCAUAGCACCGGCUUCAUCGAGGGCGUGGUCAGUCCUGCCCUGCCCUCUGCUUUCAAGAUGGAGCAGGACUUGUACCGGACGGCCGGGACCCUCCCCAGCUCCCCCGAGGCCGAGGUGCCUGGUAAACUCAGCCCCAAACAGUCGGCCACGAUGCCCAAGAAAGGCAUCUUGAAAAAGACCCAGCAGAGAGAGUCGGGCUACUACUCCUCCCCGGAGCGCAGCGAGUCUUCCGAGCUGUUGGACAGUAACGAUGGCAUGGGGGGCGCCCUCCCUUCCCCCAGCCCCCCGGACCCGGCCAGGCCGACUGUCCACAGCCUCUCCUGCCGCCGGAAGGGCAUCCUGAAGCACAGCAGCAAGUACUCUGCAGGGACCCUGGACCCGGCCCUCGCCAGCCCCAACGGGCCCUCGCUGGCGUCCUUGCUGGAGCCGGGCGUUCCCGCCGAGGGCCUGUCCCGGAGCUACAGCCGGCCGUCCAGUGUCAUCAGCGACGACAGUGUCCUGUCCAGCGACUCCUUCGACUUGCUGGAUUUGCAGGAGAACCGCCCCGCCCGGCAGCGCAUCCGCAGCUGUGUCUCUGCCGAAAACUUCCUCCAGAUCCAGGACUUUGAGGGACUCCAGAACCGGCCCCGGCCCCAGUACCUGAAGCGGUACCGGAACCGGCUGGGAGACAGCAGCUUCUCCCUCCUUACGGACAUGGAUGACGUGACUCAGGUCUACAAGAAAGCGCUGGAGAUCUGCAGCAAGCUCAACUAGCUCCCUGGGGCAGGGGUGGAUUGGGGGUGGGUAGAGGGAGGAGCAGGAGCAAAGACUUGCGCUAAUGAGCUGGUUACCUCUUUGUUGGUCGUGACAAUAGACUGAUAAGGGAUGGGUGCUGUCUUGCUUGGCCAAGCUGGCAGCUUGAGUCAGCCCCUAAGAGGGAAAGUGGGCUUUCUGCCAGUCCUGCCAACUGCCAGUCAGAAUUUGGGUCCUAACUGGCAUUUGCUAUAUGGCAUCUCCUAGCGGACCACCUGUCCAGGGGAGGUGUGGGCCAGCACUUACCAGGCUGGAAGCAGAUGGGAGAGGGAGCAUUGCAAGAGAGACUGGGGCCAUCUGCCUUGGGUGAGCUUGAAGAGCUUGCUUCUCCUCUGCUCACGUUGCAGGCUUGGUCUGGCUGCUUGGGGUUGGCCGGUGGUUUCAGAUCUUGAGUUGGCGAUUGAUUGUUAAUGGCUGCUGGGUGUGCAGAUUUGAGCAGUCCUGGCACAGGACUGCUGGGAUUGAAUAGUAAUGAUUGCCAUGGAGGUGGGAGGGGAGGGCAGCAGCACUCAUGGCACGUCGUUUCCAUCCUGGAUAAGCUCUGGGAGUUGGGCUAAGGCAUCCUGUGAGCUCUGCAUUCACUCUUUCAUGCCACUAGUGUGGCAUUUGUUAAUUUGCUACUAUACUUUGAGUGGAAGAUAGGGCCUCGGUCAGAGACAAGACUUUGACCAAGGACUUAAAGUCAGCACAUGGGGAGUUUUGAAAGAGCUUCUUGCUAUCUGCCCCUUCUUUCCCCAUGUCUGCCUUGCUCUUCAGUACCACCUCCUGAGGUUGGACAGGAAAAAAGAUGGUGGUAUCAGAGGUCAAAAUUGUGAUGAAUAACAGAGCUCAUGACCCUCUGUGGUCUUUGCGCAGAUGAAUGGAAGUUGAUCCAUAGCAGCCAGGGGGCAACCUGUCAAUUUCUUUAAAGUUUCAAUGUUAACUGGAAUGCUGCCUCUUGGAUUCUUACCUGCUUGAAUCUGGGAAUUGGAUGUCGAUACUGUCUGUAAUCUCCAAAGGAGUAACUGGCUCAACCAUUUGCCCUGUUUACUAAUAGCAGAUGGCUUCCCUGUCCAUCAAGGAUAGAUUUCUCAGAGGUAGGGGAGUUUGUUUCUAGGGAGUUAGUGAGUAGGUGGGAUAUGAGGAUGAGGAGAGGAAUGUCAGGCAGGAGGUGCUUUUCCAAACAGGUGUUCUGAGUCAUGGCUUCGAAUGCCUAGGCUUUUGGUAAAAAGAAGGUCUUAGCCAUUCAAAUGAAUAAGGUGGCGAAGGAGCAGAGUGGGUUGGGAGGAAGCAUACAGAAGAGAAAAUGCUUCCUUAGAAAUCAUCCAAAUGGUUCUGGAGGUGACAGAACUCCUAUCCUAAAAAGUAACGAAACUAGGCAUUUGUCUUCUAAGCGCCCAGAUGACAGGAGACAUGGCACCACUCCCACGUGGGACAGCUUCAGAUAUUGGAUUUGGAAUCAAUGGUCUUACUUGGGAAUUUGGGGUGACUUCAGAUUUGUCUUACCUGGGCAAAUCAAAACCCUUGUGUCAACAUGGCUGACUUCUCACGACCACCCAAGUAUAUCAGGAGGACUAGUCUUGGGGCUAAUUUUGGAAAAACCAACAGAUAAUAUAUAGUUCACCUUAAGGCACUGAGAACAUUGAGCAGAAACAGCUUUUCCCUAGGGACAUGGCUCCUUCUCUUGUCGCAGGCAGUGUGGCUUUGGUUUGUAUAGCUAGUCGGAGCUGAGCAAGGAAGCUUCUUGGUUUCCUUUCAUUCAAUCCCACCUUCUUCCUUAACUCUCACGUAGGGUCAAAAGGGAAAAUUCUAUGGGUAGCAAAUGGUGUGGGGGUGUAUAGGUACACGGAAGUGAUUCUGAACCUCUUAGCUCUCUAUUCCUUGUCUCAUUUUAUGUGACCUUUUCUGGAAUCUUCUCUGGACAGCUGAGCAGCUGCACCGCUGAUCCUCAUGUGUGACUGCUGGCCUAUGUGGGCACUCUUAGCAGACCUGGGGAUCAUACCUACCUCCUGAUAUAUGUUUUUUUCCUUCUGUCGAGUGAUUACAUCUGUUAACUGUUUCCAUACUUCUAAUCCAAGAGCAAAAAUGUUAAGGAAAAUCAUUCUACUUCCUUCCUUCUCUCCCCAAACACAUGUGUGUUGUGUUUUGUCCAUAAACCUAUACAACGGAUUUGGUCAUGGGAGUCCCCUACGCAGAGGCAGAGAUCCUGAGUUUAGUCCCACUGGUGACUUUAGGUACUUGCAGUGCUUGGGGGACUAAAUUUUCCCUUUAUUGAAGACUGGAGAGUGGAUUAGCUCAUCUCCCAGGCCCUAGUUCAGCAUUCUAUAAUAUCCUAUGAUUCUAGAUCCUAUAACAUCCUCUGAUUCUAGAUUCUACACAUCCUCUGAUUCUAGAUGUUGUGUUGACUCUGUCCUUUCAAGGAAAAGCUUGGAAUAGAGGGAAAAGUCCUGAAAAGUAGCUCCCUUGCUUCCUGAUGAUGUCCUUUUCUCCCUACCAGCCACCCCCCCAGCCAAGGAAGUCAUGCUUGAUUCAUUUCCAUGGAAUUACAAGUGCGAGACACUUACAUGACCUGGUGGACCAAACGGGAGAUCCCAUAUCAGCUCUCCUGGUCCUUUCCUGGCCUCUGUGGGUCUUCUGGUGUCUUAGUUUACACAAUUGCCAAAGGAGUAGAAUUACACUUCUUUUUACAGGUAAAUUUCAAGGCAUGAUCAGUUUUCAGGAAGUGCUUCAAGACCCCAGGUGAAAUGAAAAUGCUAAGUCCUCUGAAUGUCCAGCCCUUCAUGAGGUGCUUCUUCAGAGGACGGGAGCACUUUUCAGGGUGAUUCAAUGGAUGUUCCCAGGCCUGCUGUCUUGAGUACAAAUGUGAAUGAUCGACUGACUGCUUAUUGUCAAACUGGAAAUGUUCUGUAGGGAUUUACUGGCAUGGUAUCAUUCCUAGAAGAAAAAAAAGAGAGAGAGAAACUUGACUGCACAUUUUUUUUUAAAUCCGUGUUGUGACUUUAAUUUAAUUUCUAUUUUUUUUGUAAUAAAAAGUUGACUUUUUUAUUUGAAUUUGUCUUUUUUUUAUUUAUUGGUCUGAAGGCAUUUCAAAGGUAUUAUAAUAAUAUAUUGGUGUAAUUUAAUUGGUGCAACAUGCUUUAUGGCUCCAGUCAAAAUUGGUUUUCACUCCUUUGAUUGGUUUGAGCCCAGAACAGCCUACAGGGAAAAUUAAAAAAAAAAAAAGUGCUGGAUAGCCACCCAAAGUGUUUGUAUUUUCAUUGGAAACUGAUUUUUGUUUUGU